AUGUUGUUAUGCGGCGCCGCUUUAUGUGCCGAAAAAGCUGUUAUAUCCGAUGUUUUAUGCAUCGUUGUUAUUGUCUUCGUGAUCAUCAUCAUCGUCAUCACGAUGACGCACGGUUUAUGGCGCGGGGCCGGAAGUGGAGGAGAAUCAGGUUUCAUCGGUGGCAGCAGCAGCGGCAACAAAUCUGGCUUUGAAUGGAAGAUGCACGGAUAUCAUGUGAUCACCAUCAAAGCGGUAGGGAUAGAGAUUGUCUCAGUGAAGAAGGACUACGGAUGGUCAUUUCGGCGCCCUGUUCGUCGGUCAUCAACAACAACAAAUCACUCGGACCCUACUUCUAUCAGAACUGCUGACUGGUAUCGGUAUCAGCACUUCAUCACCGAUAAAUAA